CGGGGCGAGAGCGAGCUGGUGCGGGUUGGGGAGAUUAGGUGUGUGAUUCCUCUCGAUAAGCCACUCCGUAUGUUAGCUUGACAGUGUGUGCGUUGGGGCGUGUGUUGUGUGUGUGUGUGGGUGUGGGUGCGUGUUCCUGAUUCUCUAAAUACGACUGUCACGGUUAACACUCACUGCCCCUUGUAUCUAUUGCUGCUUCUGACAACCGACCGCACUGCUAACCUCCGGACACGGCAACACUCCACACCCAGCCCUGCACCCCUCCCCCAGCCCCCAGUGCAAAGAGCAGGGCCACAGAGAGCCAUGGCCAGCCUGGGAGCGAGGCCAUCUCUUGACCACUUCAGGCAACCGGCGGUGCUCAUAAAAGUGCCGGAAAUUAUUCUGCUCCUGGUGGCUGUUAUCACUUACUCAGCGGGCGCGAACGGCGAGCCAGCGUAUGUUGCCAGCGUCCUCCUGCCCUGCCUCCUCAAUGCCUUGGUCUUCAUGACGAACUACGCGUUGGGCUACAGCCAGCUAAAACACACCCCGGUGGAGCUGGCCCUCUACACCUACUACGUCAUCGGCAUCUUCAUCUCCGCGAUCCUUCUACUGUCCCGUAACUCCGGAAGCCUCAUCGCUAGCGGUGUCUUCUGCAUCAUACUCACCCUCUUCUACUGCCUCGAGGUCUACUUUUCCUACACCGGCCUGGUCAACAGAGUGCCCCUCCCCCCCAACACCCAAGAACCUGACGCCACGCAGGGAAACAACCCGAACCUACCGACCAUUACAGGCGCCCCACCAUCGUAUUCGAGCUCCCCGGCGCCCAUGCAGUUUGGAGCGGACACUGUUGACCUAGAGCGAGGUGUAGGGCCAUGGCCAGCCCCCACCGCUGUCUAUAACACGAAUCCUGUGUAUCCUGCGACCAUGAACUACCCGCCUUACCCCGCCGCCGGAACCCCAACCAGCACCAGCACCGCCGCCGCCGCCAACACUUCGACCCUCCCGCCAAAGACCCAAGAGCCUCACCCGUAGCUGUUCUUCUUGUUUUCUUCUUCGUUUAACCUCUUCAGUUUACCUUAUGGGGUUAGACGGGCCGAGGAAGACGUUGCCGUUGUUCAUCUUUGUAUGGAGGGAACCUUUCAUUUCGUAUUCUCGUUAACCAUGUGGAGGCCGCGUUAGUCCCCCUCAUUUGUGACUAUUUGUGAAUCCGUACUCUCCUCCUUGAAUCUAAUUGUAUCUACUAUUGCCAUGUGUCCUGUUAUAAGCACAUUUGUGAGUCCAUAUCCUACUCCUUGAAUUCAAAUGUAUCUGUCAUUGCUAUGUGUCCUGUUAUAAGCACAUUUGUGAGUCCAUAUCCUACUCCUUGAAUUCAAAUGUAUCUGUCAUUGCUAUGUGUCCUGUUAUAAGCACAUUUGUGAGGCCAUAUCCUACUCCUUGAAUUCAAAUGUAUCUGUCAUUGCUGUGUCCUGUUAUAAGCACAUUUGUGAGUCCAUAUCCUACUCCUUGAAUUCAAAUAUAUGUACCAUUGCUAUGUGUCCUGUUAUAAGCACAUUUUUGAGGCCAUAUCCUACUCCUUGAAUUCAAAUGUAUCUGUCAUUGAUGUGUCCUGUUAUAAGCACAUUUGUGAGGCCAUAUCCUACUCCUUGAAUUCAAAUGUAUCUGUCAUUGCUAUGUGUCCUGUUAUAAGCACAUUUGUGAGUCCAUAUCUUACUCCUUGAAUUCAAAUGUAUCUGUCAUUGAUGUGUCCUGUUAUAAGCACAUUUGUGAGGCCAUAUCCUACUCCUUGAAUUCAAAUAUAUGUAUCAUUGCUAUGUGUUCUAAUAUAAGCGAGUUUGUGAAUCCAUGGUCCAUACCUUUCUAAAAUCGAUAUGUAUCUGCCACUUCUACGUCUCCUUGAACCCAAAUGUAUCUACCAUUACUAUGUGUCCUGAUAAAAGCAUGUUUGAAAGUCCGUAUCCACCUUGCAUUCAUUUUUUUUUUACAACAAAGGAGACGGCUCAAGGGCAACGAAAAGUAAAAAAAAAAAAAAAAAAGAAGAAGAAGAAGCCCGCUACUCGCCGCUCGUAAAGUAAGCAAGUCUGUAAAUCCAAACUCUUCUUGAAUCUAAAUGUAUCUACCACUGCUUCGUGUCCUAAUAUAAUAACGCUGUCUGU